AUAGAGGAAGUAUUUUUAGAGUUUCUACAAAACAAAAAACACUUUCACUGAUCACAUUUCUCUCUCACUCUCUCUUGGUUCUCUCUUGUUUGCAUUCUCUUUCACCACUCACGUCUUUUUGCAAAGAAGAAAGCAUGGCUCUAGAGUUUGUGGGUGGAGCAGUUUUCUCUGCAUUCCUUCAGGUGGCGUUUGACAGAAUGGCCUCUCGUGACGUUGUCAACUUUCUCAAGGGAAGCAAAGUUAUUGAAGGAUUGGUGCGAAAGCUGAAGUUAGUGCUGAUAUCUGCUGAUUCACUGCUCGUUGAUGCGGAGGAGAAGCAAUUUGAAGACCCAAAUGUGAAACGGUGGCUGAACGAGCUUAAAGAUGCUGCUUAUGUUGCGGAUGACCUUCUCGAUGAGAUUGCCACUGAAGCCUUACGAUCCAAGUCAGAAGCUGAAUUUCAAACCAGCACUAGUACGGUAUGGGACUUCUUCUCUGCUAAUUCAUUUGACAUACAAUCUAAGCUAGAAGAAAUUCUGGAUAAUCUAGAAUAUAUUAUAAAACAAAAGGAUGCCCUUGGUCUUGUUGCUAAUGGUGCCCUGAAGGAUGCCCCUGGUCUUAAAGGUAUACAAUCAAGACCAUUGACAACUUCUUGCCCUGAAGAAUAUGGUGUGUUUGGUAGAGACAAGGACAAGGAGGGGAUAUUUGAGAAGUUCCAAUCUAAUGGUGCAAGUGUUGAUGGGAUAUGUGUUGUUCCCAUAGUGGGUAUGGGUGGAGUUGGAAAAACAACUCUUGCUCGGUUUGUUUUCAAUGACAAAAGAAUAGAGGAGAGUUUUGAUCUCAAAGCUUGGGUUUGCGUUUCAGAAAAUUUUGAUAAUUUUCGGAUAGCAAAAACUAUUUUUGAGGAGGUCACUUCCUCUGCUUGUGACAAUCAAAACAUGAAUUUUCUGCAAAAUAAAAUUAGAGAGAAAUUUAUGGAGAAGAAAGUUUUCCUUGUUCUAGACGAUGUUUGGAAUGAGAAAUAUAAUGAUUGGGUUGAGCUACUUAAAGUUAUCAGAUGUGGGGCAAAGGAGAUUAAGAUCAUUGUUACUACACGCAGUACAAAAGUCGCAUCAAAUGUCCGCACUGUUGCACCUUUUUUUCUAAGACAAUUAUCAGAUGAAGAAUGCUGGUCAUUGUUUAAAAAACACACAUUUAUAAAUGGUAAAGCUAGUGAUCCAAUUCUAGAGGAUAUUGGUAGGCAAAUUGCCCAGAAGUGUAAAGGCUUACCUUUAGCAGCAAAAACACUUGGUGGUUUGCUGCGUUGUGAGCAAGAUCCAAAGGAGUGGACAAUGAUUUUGAAGAGUGAUAUAUGGAAUUUACCAGAAGAAAAAAGUAGCAUCCUUCCGGCUCUAAGAUUGAGCUACCACUACCUCCCAUCACAUUUGAAGCAAUGCUUUGCUUAUUGCUCCAUCCUUCCAAAGGAUUAUGAAUUUAAAAAGGAGGAGUUGGUCUUGUUGUGGAUGGCACAAGAUUUUUUACAGCAAUCCAAAGGAAAUGGGAGGAUGGAAGAAAUAGGUGAACGGUACUUUGAUGAUCUCGUAUCUAGGUCACUUUUUCAACAAUCAAGUACUAGUGAAUCACGUUUCAUAAUGCAUGACUUAGUCAAUGACUUGGCAACAUUUAUAUCUGGAGAAUUUUGUUUUAGGUUGGAGGAGGACAAUGAGUUGAAUGAAAUAACAGAAAAGACACGCCAUUUUUCAUGUUAUGAAGGUAGAUUUGAUGACUCUAAGAAAUUUGAGAUCCUUUAUGAUGCAAAGGAUUUGCGAACCUUCUUGGAAAAAUUAAAAUGGAGUUGGAGGAAAGAAUAUGACAACUUAUGGAAGAUGAAAUGUGAUUUGUUGAAGGAAUUUAAGACCAUGCGGGUUUUAACAUUUUCUAGUUCAAGAAUAACGGAGUUGCCUAAUUUUGUUGAUGAUUUGAAGCACCUUCGUUAUUUGAAUAUUAGUGACACUGUAAUCAAACACUUGCCUGAUUCUUUAUGUAAGUUGUAUAAUUUGCAAACCUUGAUAUUGUCAAGGUACAUCACCAAGUUUCCCACCAACACGAGUAAACUAAUCAACUUGCGCCACCUAGAUAAUAGUAAAGCCACGAUGGAAGAGAUGCCUCCUCAGAUGGGUAAAAUGAAAAAUCUCAGAAAAUUAUAUGUUUUUGGUGUGGGCAAACAUGAUGAUGGGUCCAGUAUUAAAGAGUUGGGGGAGCUUCAGCAUCUUUCUGGAAAAUUGUCUCUGUUGAACUUGGAAAAUGUUCAAUGCAUUAAUAAAGAUAUUACGGAGGUUAUAUUAAAGAAUAAGCAAGAUUUAUCUAAGUUGAAGUUGGAAUGGAAACCUGGUCAUGGCGCUGAAGAUUCAGAAAAGGAAAGAAUUUUGCUUGAGCAGUUGUGUCCUCAUACAAACUUGAAUUCUCUCACCAUCACUAAUUAUGAGGGUACAAGCUUUCCAAAAUGGUUAGGAGACUCGUCAUUCUCUAAAAUGGUGUACAUAGAGCUUCGUAAUUGUGAUAAUUGCUUCUCCUUGCCUCCGCUUGGACAGCUACCUGACCUCAAGAGUCUUAAAAUUCAAUGUUUUGGUGGAAUAUCAAGCGCGGGCCCUGAGUUCUAUGGGAAUACAAUUAAACCGUUCAGAGCCCUUGAGUGUUUAACAUUUGAAGAUAUGCCAGAGUGGCAGGAGUGGGUUAUAUUUGAAGGGGAAGUUUUCACUUGUCUUCGAAAACUAUAUAUUAAACAUUGUCCCAAACUAAGUGGGGGUCUGCCCGUUCAACUUCCCUCUUUGACCACACUUGAGAUUAGAAAGUGUGAGCAGCUUGUUGCUUCGCUUCCUAACUCUCCAGCUCUCCAUGCAUUAUUAUGCUCGGGGAAAAUACAGGUUCCAAAUGGUGAUGACUAUCAAUCACUUAAAAGAGUGUACAUAGAGGGUGGCGUUUAUUCAAUUUUGCCCUUUCUACCAGAGUUUGCUUCCCUCUCUUUCUUGGCAUUCUCUGAGUGCCCUGAUUUAGUUUCCUUUCCCAGCGGAGGACUGUGCGCUCCAAAUUUGUCUCGGAUUGUAAUCCAAGAUUGCAGAAACUUAAAGUCACUGCCUGAAGGGAUGCACACCCUCCUCCCAUCUCUCGUGCAUUUGGGUCUGUACGGGUGUCAAGAACUGGAAUCCUUUCCCGAGGGAGGUUUGCCCUCCAGCUUAGAAAGUCUUGCUAUAAACAGGUGCGAGAAACUCAUUUCCCGUCGCAUGGAAUUGGGAUUGCAAGGUCUUCACUCUCUCAGAAGUUUCAAAAUUUGUGGUUAUGACAACGAAUUGGAGUCCUUUCCAGAGGAGGCGUUGCUGCCUCCUAAUCUUACCGAUUUCGGCAUCAGUUAUUUACCAAAUCUAAAAUCGCUCAAUGGUAAGGGGUUUCAACACCUUACCUCUCUUAAACGCUUGACUAUUCUGGGCUGCCAAAAUCUUGACUGCUUACUAGAAGACGUUUUGCCUACCUCUCUGUGUGAGCUAUAUACCUUUGAAUGCCGUUUGUUGAAAGAACGGUAUGGAAACGAGAAAGGGGAGGGCCGGGCCAAGAUUGCCCACAUUCCCAAUAUAUCCAUAGAUUAUUGAACUAUGAGUCGAAGAACGUUUCUGCCCAGUGUUACUUCUACUUGUAAAUAACAAGUGCCUUACACACCGGCUGUCAAUUUCAUGCCACUGCUAGCUGCUGAUCCUUCUGCAUUGUGUAUGAAUUCCUAAAUGUCAAUUCUCCCCAAAAAAAAAAAAACUCCAAAAUAUCUGAUUAGUUUUCAAGUCACUGUAAAAGCUCAUCCUUUACUCUCAUUCUUGCCGGAGAUGCUCUUGCCUCAUUAUACAUUCUCUACAUUUCUACUCUGGACUUCUGAAAUACAAGACAAGACUUUUGUGAAUGUUUAAGCUAAGGGUCACAUUUACUUGUAAAUAACAUGUGCCUCACACAUCCGCUGUCAAUUUAUGCCACUGCUAGCUGCUGGUCCUUUUGCAUUGUAUAUAAAUUUCUAAAUCUCUGAUAUGUUUUCAAGUCACUGUGAAAUCUCAUCCUUUUCUUAAUUAAAGAAUCAUUUACUCUCAUUCUUGCUGGAGCUGCACUUGCCUCAUUAUACUUUCACUGCGUUUCUACUGUGCAGUUUUGAAGUUCAAGACAAAUACUUUUGAGGUAAACUAUGUGGCAGUUGAUAGCUAGUGCUGUUUCUUUACCUUCUAACAGCCGCUGAAUCACACUGAUCAAGUGUGGAGAGGGACUUACUCAGGCUUUCUCUUUGGAAUUGGUGGUAGACGGGAAGAUGUGACAUCCCCUCCGGAGGAUAGGUUGCUGCAUUUGGUUCUUUUUUUCUUCCCAACUUGAAAGAGCUCAAACGGUUCAGCAUAUGACUGCUCUUGCUGUCCUCACCUGUUGGAGCUACCAUUACUACCAAGAAUUAUAAAUGCCCUAUUGUGUGACAAUGGUGCCAGAGGCAGAGGGGGGAAAGCUGGCCCAGGAUGGCUGAGAUGCUUGAUCCAUGACAGAUCAAAGUCUACAGAUGCUCUGUGAUUGUUAGAAGGGAAAAAAGUGACACAAGAUUGAUCACAUCCCCUGCAGACAUAUAGAUGACUAAGUCGUUGUUGUACAGUUAGUGUUACUACUUGAUGAAGGCUGGCUGAAGAACAGUGUCAUAAGUUGAUUCUGCCUUGAGAUCAAGCACUUUUUAGGUGUUGUCCUUUGUUGAAGGAGUAGUUCCAUUAGAAGAAGGGCAAAGAUUGGAGCAAAAAAUGCCUAUUUUUUCAGAAUAUUAAUUGAUGAUGAAGUGAUCAUAUGGCUGAAAAGUGUACACCGUGUCCUCAUUCACCGUUUUCUUCAUUUAAAUAUUAAAGUCAGGAACAUAAAUGUUCCACUAAAACCAUCUAGUUCUCAAAGUGAUUUAGUACCUUCAAUUAUUGGAUAGUCAAAUUUAAAUGGUGUUAAUUAUGAUGAAUCAGAAGGCUUUCCAGAUUCCUUCCUUCAUUAUUUUGGAUAUAUCAAACUUAACUGACAUGAGUAGGUAUCUCUCAUGUCACCUCUUGAAAGGCUGAAACAAGAACGCCCAUACAAAAUUAGGAAGUGAUAUGAUAUGCUAUAAAUAGCCCUGUGAGAUUCAAGCUUGUGAUAUGAAAAUUAUUACCUUGCGUUCAAAAUCCAGGGUGACUUCAGCCAACCAACUCAAAUUUCCUCAGCAACCAGCACUUUUGGUUGGCCCUGAGAGCAAUGGAAAAAAUAACCACUGGUGGUCCUCAUUGUCAGCAUUGAAAUUUGAUUAAAAGGAAAUAAUUUCCUUCAGGAAAAAAUCAACACAUGAACAAGGCCAAUGUCCUGGCUUUCUCUGCUCACCACCAACAAAUGCCCUUAUUUGGCUGAGGACAGAUCUGCCUGUAUGCUUCUUCUGAUUAGUCCUAGAUGCAGCAAACACUACCAGCGGGUGGAUGGGGGCUUCUAAGAAUCGAACACACUACCUGCAGAUCGAUAUGGGCUCAUAAAGACUCUUCAAGAUUUUGGAAAUGGUGGUGGUCGUGAGGAUUUGAAGUCCUUGCCAGAUAACAUGUUGCUACUUUUGUUUUUCCUCUUCCUAACUACAAUCAGCUCAUAGGCUCAGCAAGUAACUCCUCUUGCCAAGGUUGCUUUCAGUCACCGGUAGGAAGCGUCCAACUUGCUUUUUCCCAUCAAGAAUUUUAUAGUCUUAUGCUGAGACAAUGGCGCCUGAACUAGACAGGGAAAGCUGGCUGUUGACCCAAGAUUGCCCAGCUCUUGUUCCUUGAAAAAUCAAGGCAAUUCUUGAUUUUAGUAACAGUAAUUACUAAUAUGAUUUCUCCAACCAGAAGGUGCUCUGUGAUUGUUAGGUUCAUUCAAUUGAUUUAUUUGUUUAUAGACAUUCAAAGAUUUAUGUCUCAUGGUGUAAGCUUUGGACCUCUAUCAAACAUCUUUGCACACUCUUCUCUAUGUGUACAAUUAUACAAUGAAGAGCAAUGGAGGGGCCUUGACACCUAGAUUUGAUAACGUUUGUAAAUAAAUGGUUAUUUUCAUGCUUAAGAACAUUAUGAAAUUGACAAUUUGUAUUUGUAAGCUUUUAUAUAGCUAAGAACGUUAAGUGUGAAGAGAUUCAAGCACACUUGUGUGGGCUCCAGCAUAUGAGUUUAGACCUAAUUAUGUUAUAUUAACAUUUUUUUCUUAUCGUUC